CACAGUCUCUGCCGGACUCGGACUAAUAACGGUGUUGCACAUAUUUAGAACCCUGGAGAGGAAGCCUGCUAAUGCAAUUUUUAAUUGAAUUGUCACACUUUGCUUAAUCGUGUGAUUCAACCGUCUGGCAGUACAUCCUGCCAGGUUGUUUAAAUGUCGUGGUGAUGGCGGAUGACGAUGAUUGCCCAGAGUUGGUGCCCAUCGACACCCAGCCUGAUGGUCCUGCAGAGCAGAUCCCUGUCACCAUCAUCACUGGCUACCUUGGCGCUGGAAAGACCACACUGCUGAACUACAUUUUAACCGAACAACAUAGCAAACGGAUUGCUGUCAUACUCAAUGAAUUUGGAGAAGGUAGCGCUCUUGAGAAGUCCCUGGCAGUGAGCCAUGCUGGAGAACUUUAUGAGGAGUGGUUGGAGCUGAGAAAUGGCUGCCUUUGUUGCUCUGUCAAGGACAAUGGCCUUAAAGCUAUUGAAAACCUGAUGGAGAAGAAGGGAAAGUUUGACUACAUCCUUUUGGAAACCACAGGACUUGCUGAUCCAGGUGCUGUAGCCUCCAUGUUCUGGGUUGACGCAGAACUCGGCAGUGACAUCUACCUGGAUGGCAUCGUGACCGUCAUCGACGCCAAGUAUGGACUGCAGCAUCUAACAGAGGAAAAGGCUGAUGGUCUUGUGAAUGAAGCUGCAAGACAAAUUGCGCUGGCUGACCUGACUAUUAUCAAUAAGACUGAUCUGGUGACGGAAGAAAAACUUGCUCAAAUCCGAGAUGCUGUCAGGUCAAUCAACGGUGUGGCCAAGCUCCUAGAAACCCAGAGAUCAAGGGUAGACCUCUCUGAAGUUCUUGACCUUCACGCCUUUGACAGUAAAGAUGGCACAAAUUUAUCCGAGAAGUUGCAGAUGCUGAAACCGACCAGCCCUCAUCUUGAUAAGAGUAUUUUAACGAUGACGUUUGAAGUGGUUGGAAGUCUUUCAGAGGAUGCCCUAAAUGUUUUCAUUCAGGAUCUCCUUUGGGAAAAGACGCUGAAAAACAAAGAGGGGCAACCCAUGACUGUCAUCCGCUUAAAGGGAAUAGUCGCGCUGGCAACUAAAGCCCACCAAGUCAUGCUGCAGGGGGUCCACGAGCUGUAUGAGCUCAAUGAGACACCCCAGCUUUGGGGGGAGCACCUGCGGGUCAGCCGACUGGUCUUUAUAGGAAGGAACUUGGACAAGGAUAUUCUGCAACAACAUUUCAUCUCCACCGUGGUACAAAAAGAUAAAUAAUCAGAAGAAGAUACGGUCAAAACAGAAGAGCAGAUCUCCGGGUUCGGUCUGUUAUUUUCUCAAGAUGAUGAAGCACAUGCACGAGAGGUUAGCUGAUGUCAACCAAAGGUUCAGACUAGGAGGCGUGUGGUUUUCUAUUUAUAAUGGUAUCUAUAAUCAAUAACAAAUAUGUACUUUUUUUACAAGUGAGUAGUGCAUAAUUGCUGUCCAAUGGAAAAACAUGUAAAGUAUCUCCCCUUUUUGUUUUUUUCCUUUAUAGCUGAAACAUGAAGAACAUAUGUGUAUGCUUUUCCAUUAAAUACAAAAAAAACUUACAAAUAUGGGGCAAAAAAAAAGACUUUUCAUUGGCGGAAACAAUUGUCCAAUUAAAACCUUUUUCUCAACAUGAGUUUUUUAUGUUACAUCCAAAAUAUGAAUAAAUAUGACCUGUUGUUUUUCAGAUGAAGACUUUCAA